GGUGGUGGUGGUGGCUGCUGGGCGCGCGCACGCAGGAGCGCGCUGUGAGGCGGAGAGUUACGGUGGUGUCAGGGGCGACAUGGAACAGCUCUAGCUGUGGGGACGGCGGCACACAGAAGUCCCGUCGCCUUCUGCUAGCCCGCCGACCCUCGGAGCAGAAACCGAAAGGAGCCCGGCGUCGGCCCGGAGCCGCCAGCCCUCCCCCCUUCCUCCCUCCCUCCCUACACCCCUGCCUUUCUCUGCCCUAAUGACGCCGGCCUAGCGCCGACUAGGCCCCGGCUCCUCCUCUGCCCGGCUCUGGACCCUGCCCCGCACCCACCCCUUUCUCCUCCGCCUCUUCCUCUCCCACCCGGGGCUCUUCCUUUCAAGAGGCCGGGAAGUUAAACUUGUAAUCACCUCUCGGCUCUUCCCGUCACCCUCGCCCUCUCCUUUGGGCGAACCGCGGAUAGAAGUAGUUGGUGGCUUUUGCCACCCCACCCUGCCCGGAUCGCGACGGUUUUCAGGGUUCUGGAGUCAGCAGGGUUUCUCCGAGGCCUUUGCGAGUGGCUGAUCUGCUCCAUUUUUGCAAAAGGCGCCUGUGUCUGCAAGAGCCGGUGUGAGAAGAGACAAGACUUCCCUGCUGCCGGGAUAAUCAAGAGUUUUGGCCGGACCUUUGAGUACACAUCGAGAUAGUGAGGAGCCCGGCGAAUAGCACAGACUAUGGCGCUGAAACGGAUUAAUAAGGAACUUAGUGAUUUGGCCCGUGACCCUCCAGCACAAUGUUCUGCAGGUCCAGUUGGAGAUGACAUGUUUCACUGGCAAGCCACAAUUAUGGGACCUAAUGACAGCCCAUAUCAAGGUGGUGUAUUCUUUUUGACAAUUCAUUUUCCUACAGACUACCCCUUCAAACCACCUAAGGUUGCAUUUACAACAAGAAUUUAUCAUCCAAAUAUUAACAGUAAUGGCAGCAUUUGUCUUGAUAUUCUAAGAUCACAGUGGUCUCCUGCUUUAACUAUUUCUAAAGUUCUUUUAUCCAUUUGUUCACUGCUAUGUGAUCCAAACUCAGAUGACCCCCUAGUGCCAGAGAUUGCACGGAUCUAUAAAACAGACAGAGAUAAGUACAAUAGGUUAGCAAGAGAGUGGACAGAGAAAUACGCUAUGUUGUAGGGUACAACAGAAUAUCUCGGGAAUGGACUCAGAAGUAUGCCAUGUGAUGCUACCUUAAAGUCAGAAUAACCUGCAUUAUAGCUGGAAUAAACUUUAAAUUACUGUUCCUUUUUUGAUUUUCUUAUCCGGCUGCUCCCCUAUCAGACCUCAUCUUUUUUAAUUUUAUUUUUUGUUUACCUCCCUCCAUUCAUUCACAUGCUCAUCUGAGAAGACUUAAGUUCUUCCAGCUUUGGACAAUAACUGCUUUUAGAAACUGUAAAGUAGUUACAAGAGAACAGUUGCCCAAGAUUCAGAAAUUUUUUUAAAAACUGGAGCAUGUGUAUUAUGUGGCCAAUGUCUUCACUCUAACUUGGUUAUGAGACUAAACCAAUCCUCACUGCUCUAACAUGCUGAAGAAGCCAUCUGAGGGGGAGGGAGAUGGAUGCUCAGCUAUCACAUCAAAGGAAGCAGCAUUAUUCUAGCAGCAUCCGUUCUUGUUUCAGCCUUCCACUGUUAGAGAUGUGAGGUUACAUGAUAUACUUUAUGCUCAUAACUGAUGUGGCUGGAGAAUUGGUACUGAAUUAUAGCAUCAGCAGAACAGAAAAAUGUGAUGUAUUUUAUGCAUGUCAAUAAAGGAAUGACCUGUUCUUGUUCUACAGAGAAUGGAAAUUUGAAGUCAAACACCCUUUGUAUUCCAAAAUAGGGUCUCAAAACAUUUUGUAAUUUUCAUUUAAAUUGUUAGGAGGCUUGGAGCUAUUAGUUAAUCUAUCUUCCAAUACUGUUUAAUAUAGCACUGAAUAAAUGAUGCGAGUUGUCAAUGGAUGAGUGAUCAACUAAUAGCUCUCCUAGUAAUUGAUUUAUUUUUCUUCAAUAAAGUUGCAUAAACCAAUGAGUUAGCUGCCUGGAUUAAUCAGUAUGGGAAACAAUCCUUUGUAAAUGCAAAGCUGUUUUUGUAUAUACUGUUGGGAUUUGCUUCAUUGUUUGACAUCAAAUGAUGAUGUAAAGUUCAAAAGAGUGAAUAUAUUGCCAUGUUCAGUUAAAGUGCACAGUCUGUUACAGGUUGACACAUUGCUUGACCUGAUUUAUGCAGAAUUAAUAAGCUAUUCAAAAGUGUAGCUUUAAUAUGCUGCACAUGAUUAUGGCAGUCCUAGAGUUCAUAAGUGGACUUGGGACUCAGCAGUUUUGAAACGUGUAUAUGGAGUUCAAGAAAAUUAUUUUCCAGGUGCAUCCCCUUCUAACUAAAAUUUUCUUCAUCUUGUACACUUAACAGCUGAAAA